CGAUGCGAUUAGUUGACUGAAAGACCUAAUCUUCUUUAUACGAAUACACCCUCGAGAGCCUUGACUGCUCAUAAUAGUCUUCCGUUAAGAAACACUCUUUUUGACGCGGAAUCCUUCCCUCCCUAUCAGUCGGCCACCAUAUUUACUACCCCUCCAAUCCGCGGGCGGAUCAGACGCAAUGGGCCGCGAAGACCAAAUUGAGGAACGCGAGGUCCUCGACUCGAUUUUCCCCGAUGAGAUUACAGAUAUAUCCGAAACUUCAUACAAGAUCUCGAUAACGCUCGACCCUCCCGAGAAUGGCCCCGAGACCGAGCAACCUGUGAUCUACCUGGAAGUCUCAUACCCGGAAGACUAUCCCGAUGUCGCCCCGGAGCUCAAGAUUACACCAGUUCCUAAUGCCCCGAAGCACCCUCUUAUCGAACUCCCAGAAGAUGAAGACGUCCUAACGAGUGCGCUGAACAAUGCAAUCGAAGAGAACAUGGGAAUGGCAAUGGUCUUCUCACUCGUCAGCGCGUUGAAGGAGGCUGCAGAGCAGUUGAUGGUGGACCGCGUCCAGGCCGUUGAAGAAGAGAAGGCGCUCGUGGCUCAGAAAGCAGAGGAGGAAGAGAACCGGAAAUUCCGUGGCACACCAGUCAACAGAGAGACAUUCCAGAAAUGGCUUGACGAUUUCAAAAAAGAGGCAGACGAAGAAGAGCAACGGCAGCGUGAGGAGAAGGAGGCAGAGGAAAAGAAGAAAAAGACCAACAAGGAAGAGAAGAAGCUUACGGGGCGAGAGCUAUGGGAGCGUGGUCUCGCGGGCAAGGCCGAUUAUGACGAAGAGGAGGAGGAUGCUAUGCCUGCUGUGGACAAGCUCAAGGUUACUGCAUGAUGUGAUUGCGACAUCUUUCGCACGGCCGGUGUAUUUGAUAGUUCUGUUUCACACGAUCCACGUGUCUCUGGAGUCUUAUGUGCAUAGCACAAAACGAGUCUACGAUGAUAUGAAGAAUAUCUGAUUUCUCUACCAUAAUGAGCAACC